AUGUCGCCCCCGCUUUCUUUCACCGCCACGCGCGCCCUCGCCGUGCCGCAAGACGAGUUCGACGCCGCGCCCCAAAAGCCCGUCGUCGUCGUCACUGGCGGCUCCGGAAAGCUCGGUCGUGCCACCGUCGUCGACCUGCAGCAGCAUGGCUGGCAAGUCAUCAACAUCGACCGCGCGCCUCCGCCCAAAGACGCGCCCAAGAACGUCAUCUACAUGUACACGGACCUCGAGAACAUGGGUCAGGUCAUGGAGAACCUCAUCGAGGUUGACACGAAAUACAAGGCUCCAGUCGCCGUCGUGCAUCUUGCGGCCUUGCCGGCUCCUGGUAUGGCAGCCUCCUCUACCCAGUUCCAGCUGAACGUCAUGGCAACGUACAACAUCCUUGAGGCAUCGCGCAAGCUCGGCAUCAAGAACCUCGUACUCGCUUCCUCCGAGACGCUCCUUGGUCUCCCGUUUGCACCCUGGAUCCCAGAUUAUAUUCCCGUCGACGAGAACUCGCCGCGUCGCCCAGAGAGCGCGUACUCGCUCAGCAAGCUCGUCGGAGAGGUAAUGGCGGAGGAGUACUGCCGAUGGGACCCGACCACCAAAGUCAUUUCCCUGCGCUUCUCAAACGUACAGGCGCUGGAAGACUACAAAGACUUUGACGGCUGGCAGCACGACCCGAAGCUCCGGAAAUGGAAGUGGCACUUCGGCUGGGACUUUGCUUGUGCUGGUAGCCUGUUCGGGUACAUCGACGCUCGCGAUGGUGCACAGGCGAUCCGUAAGGGCCUCGAGUCGAAGGCAACCGGACACCACCAGUAUCUCAUUGCGAAUUCGAACACGACGAUGCGAAAGCCGAACUCGGAGAUCGUGCCGCUGUGCUUCCCAGGCGUCCCUUACACGCCGACGAAAGGUUCGAACGACACGCUCCUCAGCAUCGAGAAGGCGCGCAAGGAGCUCGGGUACGAACCUCAGCACAACUGGUACUAG